UUUAUUGCAAACAACUAAUAGUAGUUUGUUGUGAAAUUGAGCUAAGCGGCUUUGCUUAUUUUUUGAAAACAUUAACUUUUUGGUUGUAAAUAUACAUUCCAAAUGGCAACUAACAAGGAAAGUCUUAUUGUGAUCCUGGAUAUAAGGACAUGCGCGCAGGAAGAAUUCAAAUUGAAAGCUGUAAAAUGUGCUGCAGAAAUAAUCAAGGAUAAGAUUGUCAGCGACAAGAAAGAUUAUAUAUCCUUUGUGCUAGUGGGAACGGAGCACAACGAAAAAAAUGCUCCAAAUGUGAAGAAAUAUGAACAUAUUCAACUUUGCACUUGGCCAUUGUUGCUCAAAUUCUUUAAAUUUGUCAAUGAGACAGCUACAGAUAAGGGUCAAUGGCUAGAUGGACUAAAAGUUGCCUUAGAAAUGCAGGAACAAGCUUUGUCUUUUAAGCCUGCUAGACAGCGAAUUCUUUUGUUGUUUGACUUUAAUUCUGCGAAACAGGAGUAUGAAGACUUUCAAGAAAUUACAAACAAUUUACUCAAUUCGGGCAUUGAGCUUAUAGUUGGGUCUCACAAUAUUGCCUACAAGGAUAAUCCAGAGACAAAUCUGCCCCAGGCCAUUUUUAAUUUGAGCCGAAAAGCAUCGCCCGAAGAGUUGGAUAACCAAAAAUAUGCCUUGCAGCUCGUUUUCCAGUGUAAUGCAACGCUCUGCAAUUUUAAGGAGACAUUGCGCAACAUCUUUAAGGUUACCAAUCGACGUCCUUGGUCCUGGAAUGCCAAACUAUUUAUAGGUAGCAAGAUUUCCCUUAAUCUUCAAGGCAUAAUAGCCAUGAAAAAUGAAAGUUUGGUUAAAUUGAAAAAGGUUUGGAGUGAAAAGAAGGAAUGGGUGUCCCGCGAGGAGCGCUACUAUAUCAAGGGCUCAGAGAUCACACCAUUGCCAGAGGAUUUAAUAGAUGGUUAUAUGCUGGGCGGUACUGCUGUGCCCUAUGAUGACACAUUAAUUGAACCGAAGGAACCACAUCCGGCUGGUCUUCACUUCGUAGGCUUCGUCGAGUGGGAGUCUAUACCUGAUGAAUACUUUUGCGGUGAUUCCCUAUACAUGCUGGUACACCAGAAGGGCAAUUCCGUUUCGGCCAGGAAGCUAGAUGCCCUGGUCAGAGCCCUUAUACUUAAGAAACGUGUGAUUCUGUGUUGGAAAAUAUUUAGUUUAAAGUUCAAUACGCCCAGAGUUGUGGUAUUAAUUCCACAACAGCCGGAGGAGAAUAAACCGGCUAGUUUAUAUAUGUUGGAGCUAUCCUAUCAUGCCCAGCAUCAUUUCUGGGACUUCCCGUCGUUGCGGACUGCCAAAACCGAGUCGAAUUCUGACCAAUUAGAGGCAAUUGAUAAUCUUAUCGACAGCAUGGAUCUGGAGUGUACCCUCAAGGACACUCAAAUGCCUCGAGCCUGUGCCCAAAAUGAUCUUUUACCCUUCGAUGGUCUGCCAAGCAUUUAUGAACAGAAUAUUAUGGAUGUGCUGGAGUAUAAAGUCCUUGAUAGAGUUUCAAACGAUGAGCAAUUUAAAAAGUUAAAGGAGGAAAGGAAGUUCGUGGACGUUUUCUGGAGUGUGCCGGAAGCUAUUGAAGAGAAAUCAAAACAGGCAGCCAAUGCAGUGAAAAAACUUUUCCCAUUAGAGCGCAGUCUAGCCUGGCAGGAGAAACUUAAAGCCAAGGAGCUCGAAGAGCAAUCCCUGCCAAUUAAACAAGAACGUAAAGACCUCGAGAGUCCUUUGCACUUAAAUAAUAUUGGUUUAGUCAAUCCUGCUCAAGACUAUAAGCAAAUUCUGGACAACCUAAAAACUCUUUCCAACACCACCUUACGAGAUAGCCAAUUUCAGGUUCAUUCCGCUCAAAUGCGUGUGGUUAUCCUUACGCUAAUGGAACGUAAGAACUUGAAUUUGGAGCAACUUAAGGAUGUCAUUCAAUUGUACAGAAAUAGUUGCUUGGAUUUCAAUUCGCUCAAAGAAUAUGAUCAAUUCGCCAGCGAACUAAAGAAAAAGGCAACCGACAAGCAAUUAAAGGAGUUCUGGGAGAAAAUCAUAGUGGAACUACAAUUGGGUCCCUUGCUAAUAGGUGAACCCACUCUGGAUGAUGAGUUAAGAUUGAAAGCUUUCUACACCAUUGAACACUGGCCAGAGGCUAUGGAUGAGUAGUAAAUUAGUCAUUAAGACACAAGCUUUUAGGGUUUUAAGUUUAAAAUUAGUUUUAUGGAUUGUUAACAAAUAUGUUAUAUUAUUUCUUAUUUAUAUGCAAAUAAAAUAUUUU